UUUAUUGAAUUUAAGUUUACAAAGGUGAUAAGACCUCUUGUGCAAGGAGGAAACUGUGACUUAAGAUGUUGCUAUGGAAUACUGUUACUAUUGGGGCCUAGAACGCUCAUCUGGAAAUACUUUAGGGAACUUAUAAUACGAAGAAGAUCGUGUUGUACAGUUAGAACGAUCUAUAACAGCAGCAUUGCCUGUUAUAUUAUCUCAUGUUAUCAGCACUGCGGGUCAGAGAAUACCAUCACUAAGUACGUCACAGCACAGUGAUACAGCAAGGGUGAAGUCCAGUAACCAACAAUUCAAUGGCAUUUACAGAAAGUUACUACGAGUACAUCAUUGCACGGGAAAUAUGGCGAGUUUUCCCUCCGCUUUACUUGUGUAUCGGCACCGUGGGUAAUGUGUUGACAUUUCUUGUCAUGUGCCGAAAGGGGAUGCGUCACCUGCCAUCAGCACUUUACCUAGCAGCUCUAGCAGUGACAGAUACAGUGGCAAUUUGGGUUGGCCUAAUGCGCCAUAUUUUGAAAGAGUACAACGGAUAUGAUCUCCUAAGGAGUAGUUUGUUUAUGUGUCUUGGUCAGCGUUUUGUACUGUACUUCGCCUUGGAUGCUUCCGCAUGGAUUCUUGUGGUAGUGACACUGGAGCGAUUUAUAUCGGUCGUUGUACCUUACAGACUCAACUUGAAAUUCUCCAUGAAAAGAGCAAGAAUCUCCCUUAUUAUAGUUGCUGUAUUCACAACAUUCCAAGAUUCGUAUGUGUUUUUUACAAGAGGGCUGGAAUACGAUAUUAACUCAAAUGGCACUGAGGUCUUGGUUGACGUGUGUGGGUUUGUUUCACCGAAUGCGAAAUAUUUCUGGGAGGAGAUUCUUCCGUGGUACGUGUCGUCUUUCUACGUUCUGGGACCAUUUCUCUCCAUGAUCAUUCUCAAUUCUUUCAUCAUUCGCAAACUGUUCAUUUUGAGAAAAACUCGUCUUGACGCCUCUGUAAGCCUUUCGCGCACGAGUCAGCAGUCGAAUAGAGAUGUAAGUUGUUCUCAACAGGAUUCCGAAAGGUCGUCAGUAUCUCGCCCGGACAACACGGUCUCAUUCACUAUAAUGCUACUGUGGGUCUCGUUCAUUUUCCUUAUUCUUACUUUCCCUAGCACGGUAAAUUUGCUGAUGGAGAAACGUAUUGCCAAAGAAUCCGACCCCCAUCGCAGGGCGGUGUUUGCAUUGGUGGUGUCCAUAGCGCACGUGAUGAACUAUUUGAAUCACACGGUUACCUUUUUUCUCUACUGUUUGACAGGAAAACGGUUUCGAAGGGAGUUGUGCAAGAUGUUUUCUGAUUUAAGGGUAUUUUGUUCACGUUCUAGAGUGGAACCACACAUAUGAAGUGCUCCGAGUUUUCUUUUAUGUGACAGUAUUGCGUCUUAAAUAUUUUGUAUUGUUUUGGAACGCAUUUAUAACUAUAUAAGUGUACCUGUGGCAAUUAAACAUUUGUUUCUAAGAUGGCAAAAACGAUUAGCGCUACUUACCACCGCAAAAGAAGUGUUUUUACCUCCGUUUGUUUGUCACCAAACUAACCUAAAAACUUAAGGGUGGAUUUUGAUGAAAUUUUCAAGAUAGGUCAGAAAUGGGCCAACUUAAAAUAGUUUACAAUUUGGU